AUGGGAAAUCCAGAUGAGUGGUUAGAAACCGUUCGCAAAUGCGAGUAUUUACCUGAACAAGAUAUCAAGAAACUGUGCGAGAUGGUCAAAGAACUAUUGAUGGAAGAAUCCAAUAUCCAACCUGUUCAGUCCCCUGUAACUGUAUGUGGCGAUAUCCAUGGUCAAUUCUAUGACUUACUAGAGCUAUUCAACGUCGGUGGAGAUGUGAAAGACACAAAUUAUAUUUUCAUGGGUGACUAUGUUGACCGUGGUUACUUCAGUUUGGAGACAUUCACUCUUUUAAUGGUCUUGAAAGCAAAAUAUCCCGACAAAAUUACCUUAUUAAGAGGAAAUCAUGAAAGUAGACAGAUUACUCAAGUAUAUGGUUUCUAUGACGAAUGCCAAACAAAAUACGGAAAUGCGAAUGUUUGGAAAUAUUGCUGCUCGGUGUUUGACUACCUAACUUUGGCUGCUAUUAUCGAUGGAUCUAUUCUGUGUGUUCAUGGCGGUUUAUCACCAGAUAUCAAGGCCCUAGAUCAAAUGAGAACUAUCCACCGUUUACAGGAGAUUCCUCACGAGGGAUCAUUUUGUGAUUUGAUGUGGUCUGAUCCUGAGGAUAUAGAUACAUGGGCAGUGAGUCCUAGAGGUGCUGGUUGGUUAUUUGGAGGCAAAGUGACAAGUGAGUUCAAUCAUAUCAAUGGACUAUCAUUGAUUGCAAGAGCACAUCAACUGGUGCAAGAAGGAUAUAAAUACAUGUUUCCCAAUGAUGAACUAGUUACAGUCUGGUCUGCACCUAACUAUUGCUAUCGUUGUGGUAAUGUGGCUUCGAUCAUGGAAGUGAGUGACAACGACACAAAGUUCAAAAUAUUCGAUGCUGUCCCAGAUCAGGAUCGUUUUGCUCCAUUCUCUGCUAGAAAUGGUAUGGGUGGAUCAAAAAUGGGUGGCACUGGAGGUCAAUACUUUGUAUAA